CACAUCUGCGGUCUGAAGGACAGUGUAACUGAGCUGACCGGCUUCAUUUGUUGCGCAAACACACCCUGUCCAGAUCAGAGCUCAGACUAGUUUCUGUUAUCUUAAAGUUAAGCUCAGACGGUCAUUGACACUGAGAGGUGAAAUGGCACAAAAAGGAGUUCAGCUGGACCGAGAGACUUUCUCUUGUUCCGUCUGUUUGGAUCUACUGAAGGAUCCGGUGACUAUUCCCUGUGGACACAGCUACUGCAAGAACUGUAUUAAUGAUCACUGGGACACACAAGAUGAGAUGCGGAUCUACAGCUGCCCUCAGUGCAGGAAGAGCUUCACACCGAGGCCUGAGCUGGUGAAAAACACCAUGUUAGCAGCUUUAGUGGAGCAGCUGAAGAAGACUGGACUUCAAGCUGAUCACUGCUAUGCUGGAGCUGAAGAUGUGGCCUGUGAUGUCUGCACUGGGAGGAAACUGAGAGCUGUCAAGUCCUGUUUAUCCUGUCUGAUCUCUUUCUGUGAGAAACAUCUUCAGCCUCACUUUGAAUCUCCUGCCUUUGAGAAACACAAGCUGGUGGAGCCGUCAGAGAAGCUCCAGGAGAACAUCUGCUCUCGUCACGAUGAGGUGAUGAAGAUGUUCUGCCGUACUGAUCAGCAAUGUUUCUGUUAUCUCUGCUCUGUGGACGAACAUAAAGGCCACGACACAGUGUCAGCUGCAGCAGAGAGGACUGAGAGGCAGAGAGAGCUGGAGGGGAGUCGACACAACAUCCAGCAGAGAAUCCAGGACAGAGAGGAAGAUGUGAAGCUGCUUCAACAGGAGGUGGAGGCCAUCAAUGACUCUGCUGAUAAAGCAGUGGAGCACAGUGAGAAGAUCUUCACCCAGCUGAUCCGUCUCAUGGAGGGAAGACGCUCUGAUGUGAAGCAGCAGGUCAGAUCCCAGCAGGAAACUGAAGUGAGUCGAGUCAAAGAGCUUCAGGAGAAGCUGGAGCAGGAGAUCACUGAGCUGAAGAGGAAAGACGCUGAGCUGAAGAAGCUCUCACACACAGAGGAUCACAACCAGUUUCUACACAACUACCCCUCACUGUCAGCACUCAGUGAGUCUACACACUCAUCCAGCAUCAACAUCCGUCCUCUCAAGUACUUUGAGGAUGUGACAGCAGCUGUGUCAGAGCUCAGAGACAAACUACAGGACGUCCUGAGAGACACAUGGACCAACAUCUCACUGACAGUGAUGAAAGUGGAUGUUUUACCAUCACAACCAGAGAAGAAAACCAGAGCUGACUUCUUAAGAUAUUCACGUGAAAUCAAACUGGAUCCAAACACAGCAUACAGAAAUCUGUUCUUAUCUGAGAGGAACAGAAAAGCAACAUACAUGAAUCAACAACAGUCUUAUUCUGAUCAUCCAGACAGAUUCACUUUGUAUUAUCAGGUCCUGAGUAGAGAGAGUCUGACUGGACGUUGUUACUGGGAGGUGGAGUGGAGAGGAAGAGGAGGAGGAAGAGUUCGUGUUGCAGUCGCAUACAAGAAUAUCAGGAGAGCUGGGAAGUCACAUAAUUGUGGAUUUGGAUUCAAUGACAAAUCUUGGGCAUUAGGAUAUGACAACAUCAGUUAUGAGUUUUGGUACAACAACAUCCAAACUCCCGUCUCAGGUCCUGAGUCCUCCAGAGUUGGAGUGUACCUGGAUCACAGUGCAGGUAUUCUGUCCUUCUACAGCGUCUCUGACACCAUGACUCUCCUCCACAGAGUCCAGACCACAUUCACUCAGCCGCUCUAUGCUGGACUUUUUCUCUCAGGUAAUGACUCCACUGCUGAGUUCAUUCCAGUCAAAAUCAGAGCUCAGACUAGUUGCAGUUAUCAGGAAGUGAAACUCAGACGGUCGUUGACACUGAGAGGUGAAAUGGCGCAAAAAGCAGUUCAGCUGGACCGAGAGACUUUCUCUUGUUCCGUCUGUUUGGACCUACUGAAGGAUCCGGUGACUAUUCCCUGUGGACACAGCUACUGCAAGAACUGUAUUCAGUCUUACUGGGAUGAAGAUGAGAAGAAAACCCACAGCUGCCCUCAGUGCAGGCAGAGCUUCACACCGAGGCCUGUCCUGGUGAAAAGCACCAUGUUAGCAGCUUUAGUGGAGCAGCUGAAGAAGACUGGACUCCAAGCUGCUGCUGCUGAUCUCUGCUAUGCUGGAGCUGAAGAUGUGGCCUGUGAUGUCUGCACUGGGAGGAAACUGAGAGCAGUUAAGUCCUGUUUAGUCUGUCUUGCUUCUUACUGUGAGAAACAUCUUCAGCCUCAUUAUGAAUCAGCUACAUUUAAAAAACACAAGCUGGUGGAGCCGUCAGAGAAGCUCCAGGAGAACAUCUGCUCUCAUCACGAUGAGGUGAUGAAGAUGUUCUGCCGUACUGAUCAGCAGUAUAUCUGUUAUCUCUGCUCUGUGGACGAACAUAAAGGCCACGACACAGUGUCAGCUGCAGCAGAGAGGACUGAGAGGCAGAGAGAGCUGGAGGGGAGUCGACACAACAUCCAGCAGAGAAUCCAGGACAGAGAGGAAGAUGUGAAGCUGCUUCAACAGGAGGUGGAGGCCAUCAAUGGCUCUGCUGAUAAAGCAGUGGAGCACAGUGAGAAGAUCUUCACCCAGCUGAUCCGUCUCAUGGAGAAAAGACGCUCUGAUGUGAAGCAGCAGGUCAGAUCCCAGCAGGAAACUGAAGUGAGUCGAGUCAAAGAGCUUCAGGAGAAGCUGGAGCAGGAGAUCACUGAGCUGAAGAGGAAAGACGCUGAGCUGAAGAAGCUCUCACACACAGAGGAUCACAACCAGUUUCUACACAACUACCCCUCACUGUCAGCACUCAGUGAGUCUACACACUCAUCCAGCAUCAACAUCCGUCCUCUCAACUACUUUGAGGAUGUGACAGCAGCUGUGUCAGAGCUCAGAGACAAACUACAGGACGUCCUGAGAGACACAUGGACCAACAUCUCACUGACAGUGAUGAAAGUGGAUGUUUUACUGUCAAACCCACAACCAGAGCCGAAGACCAGAGCUGGAUUCUUAAGAUAUUCACGUGAAAUCACACUGGAUCCAAACACAGCAAACAGACAGCUGUUGUUAUCUGAGGGGAACAGAAAAGCAACACGCACGAGUCAACAACAGUCUUAUUCUGAUCAUCCAGACAGAUUCACUUGGUGGCGUCAGGUCCUGAGUAGAGAGAGUCUGACCGGACGUUGUUACUGGGAGGUGGAGUGGAGAGGAAGAGGAGUUGGUGCAGCAGUCGCAUACAAGAAUAUCAGCAGAGCAGGGAGCUCAGAUGAAUGUAUAUUUGGAUACAAUGACAAAUCUUGGGCAUUAAAAUGUGAUAAUAUCAGUUAUGAGUUUUGGUACAACAACAUCCAAACUCCCAUCUCAGGUCCUGAGUCCUCCAGAGUUGGAGUGUACCUGGAUCACAGUGCAGGUAUUCUGUCCUUCUACAGCGUCUCUGACACCAUGACUCUCCUCCACAGAGUCCAGACCACAUUCACUCAGCCGCUCUAUGCUGGAGUUUGGCUUUUAUAUUGCGACUCCACUGCUGAGUUCAUCAAAUCAGUCAAUCAGUCUGAGUCAAUCAAAUAGACAGAAGUCAUGUCAGAGGAAACUCUACAGCUGAUGUUUUAUUUCAGACGACUGGACAGAAAAUGUCUUAAAUACAGUAUAUACAUACAUACAUAUAGUUCAAAUUUAUCUUCAGAUAUUCAUUUAAGGUUAGACACAUGGUCUAUUCUUUGGACAUGAUUGUACUUAAAAGAAAGAGUGAUGUUUAUUUUUUAUAAAGACAUGAUUAUUUCCGUGUGUGUGUGUGUGUGUGUGUGUGUGUGUGUGUGUGUGUGUGUGUGUGUGUUGCCCACUGAUGUGUGGACAGUAGAGACAACAGUAUUGAUGUGUUUAAAAUAAGAAAUGGACAUCGGAACUGAAAAAUGAUUACACUGGGGAAUGUUUUUGUUUUAUACCAUGAUUUUGGAAAUUUGUAAUAAAGAGACUCGGGAGUGAAGAUGUCGGUUCACUGUUUCAUUCACUGAUUUGGUGAUUCUGUUUUCCAGGGUUUCAUCCAGGAGAGUUGAGAGCAGUGAACCUCAACAAAAACCAUUUGUUACUCCAGUUACACACUUUGAAACUCGUAACACUAACAUGCUAACUGAUUUCCAGGGACCACAGACGACACCCCUCUGCAGCCCAGCAGGACUUUUCCUCCACUCAGAGCUCAAAUCACCUUUAUAACUUACAACUUACAACUUUUUCUUACUCAAAAGUUUGGAAAU